CAGGUCUUGCUCUUUCGGACGGAGAAGACGCGUAUGUGGUACAUACGUAUAUAUACUCCCACCUGAUCCCCCGUGGUGCGGAUGGAAGAAACCCAAGUCGGCAUAAGCGUUCUUCCUUUGCCAGAAUCCUCCCCGUCUUUGCCCGUGGCUAGACUCUUAUAGCUCUUGACCGUCGCUGAUCCCUCCAUCUCUCUCUCUCGUGCUAGUCAACGAUAAAACAUGGCCAUCCUCGACUCUCGCGACCUCGUCGACACGGCCGCAGCCGUGAGCGCUCUCGUGGACGUCCUCUACGCGCAGCCGACCGCGCCCCCUUCCCUCUACGUCGACCUCGAGGGCAUCAACCUGUCCAGGUACGGCAGCAUCUCCAUCCUGCAGAUCUACGUCCGCCCGCUCGACCAGGCCUACCUCGUCGACAUCCACACCCUGGGCCGGACCGCCUUUUGCACGCCCGGCGGCGCCUACACCGCCUCCGCGGGCCGCACCCUCCGGGACCUGCUGGAGGACGAGGCGGUGGCCAAGGUCUUCUUCGACGUCCGGAACGACUCGGACGCGCUCUACAGCCACUUCGGCGUCCGCCUCGAGGGCGUCGUGGACCUGCAGCUGAUGGAGCUCGCCACGCGGCCGGCGCCCGCCGUCCGGCCCCGCAACGUCUUCGUCAGCGGCCUGGCCAAGUGCAUCGAGCGGGACGGCGUGCUGGCGCCGGCGGAGCGGGUCGCCUGGGCGGCCGCCAAGGACCGCGGCCGGCGCCUGUUCGCGCCCGAGCUCGGCGGGACCUACUCCGUCUUCAACCAGCGGCCUCUCACCGAGGAGGUGUGGCUCUACUCCGUCCAGGACGUCCGCUUCCUGCCCCGCCUGUGGGCGCUCUACGACGCCCGGCUCCGGCGCAAGCCCGGCUGGGAGCACAAGGUGCGCGACGCCGCCCGGGACCGCGUCGCGCAGUCCCAGACGCCCAGCUUCGACGGCAAGGGGCGCCACAUGGCCCUGCCUCCCGAUGGUUGGUUUUAGUGACGGGAGGCCAGACAAGCAGACGGCUUGUCGUUGGGAAGAAUUCUAUAUACUAUAUAUAUAUAUUUAUAGGUCGGAGUGAAUGUAACUCGGAGGUUGUCGGUUGAUAACAUCGUCACCACCAUCAUUACUUGUCAACUUCGCUUGUAAUCCCGCUCUCUCGCAGGCAGACGCCUCACCCAAGCCGUCGGGGAAAGAGGGCGAGUGCCCA